AUGGAACCUCCAUUAGGCGCGACUCCAUCGCCACGUGCUGUCAGCCCUACUGUUGACAAUGGUCCCGCUUCUGAUGCUGCGCCCGAAACAACCCGCGAGCCUACCCCCGAAUCUGACCCCGAGCUUGCCCAUGAUCCCACUCCCGGCCCCGCGAGCCCCCGUCCAGCAAGUUCCGAACCAGCAAGCCCCGGCCUAAGUUCCGCUGAUGAGGACGCAGGCAUGUGGGCAAUCGAAUUCGCCGAUCGCUUCCCCAAUGCCCAAGUAGUUGGCACGGACAUCUCGCCCAUCCAGCCGACCUGGGUACCACCCAACAUCUCCUUCGAGAUGGAAGAUUGUACACAGCCCUGGACAUAUGACGAGGAAAGCUUCGACUUUGUGCAUAUCCGCUACCUCUUCGGGUCCAUCCCGAACUGGACCGAGCUAUUCCGACAAGCAUACCGCGUGCUCAAGCCAGGAGGAUGGAUCGAGACGUUCGAGGCGGACGCGAUGCUCACCAGCGAGGACGGGCCCGUCAAAGAGGGAACGCCGCUCGACCAGUGGGGCAAGACAUUCCGCGAGGCCGGGGACAGGAUCGGGAGAAGCUUUUGUGUCAUUAAUGAUGACCUGCAGAGAAAAGGGCUAGAGGAGGCUGGUUUCAUAAAGCUGUGCCAAUGGGAUUUCAAUUGUCCCCUAACCGGCUGGCCGAAGGACGAGAAGCUCAAACUCAUGGGCGAAUAUAUGCAUGCGUCCAUGGAGCAGGAUAUGGAGGGCGUCGUGCUGUACACCUUCAAGGAGAUCAUGGGUUGGACGACCGAAGAGAUCAAGGCCUACACCGCGGAGUUGCGCCAACAGCUGCGUGAUAAGAGCAUUCACCCUGUCUUCAAACUGCGGUGCAUUUAUGCUCAGAAGCCUCUUAAUCCCUCGAAUUCCUCACCUUCAUUCCCCUCGUCGUCUGCUGGAAAUCAAAACUAA